AAGGACAACCUCCUUUCGAGGCGGAAAUUCAAACUGUCAGUUUUAUGUUCUCAUGUGGUCAGUGGAGUACGACUUGGGUUUGGAAGAAAGUCUGACAGGAGACGAGUUGUCAGUACUUCAUCAGUUUUAUGAAAGAAUGCUCAGUUGUCCACUUGACAUAUGCCGAUCAAAACGUUAUCUUGUUCGUUGGCUGCGCGCUCGCAGUUGGGAUGUUGAUGAAGCAGAAAAAAUGUUGUAUUCUCAUCUGAAAUGGAGAGAUGUUCAGAAGGUCGAUGCAUUACUUGAUUGCUAUGAAAUCCCAGAUGUUAUACAAAAAUACUUUCCCGGAGGAUUUUGUGGCGAAGAUAAAGAAGGCUGUCCAUUGUACUGUGCUCCUGUUGGUCGAUUCGACCCAGGUGGCUUCAUGAAAGCCACUACACAAGCAGAGUUCAUUCAAAGUAGAAUCUAUUUUAUGGAAUAUAUCAUACAAAGAGUUUUAUAUGAAAAAUCAAAAGAACAUAAUCGAUGUAUUGACCAGCUGACACUUAUAUUAGACAUGAAACAUUUAAGUUUGAAACAUAUGCAUCCAUCUUGGAUCCCUGUAUUUUCGGAAAUGAUGACAAUAAUGGAAGCAAAUUAUCCCGAGGUUUUACGUAUUUGUUAUGUGAUUAAUGCUCCACCAAUAUUUGGAACUAUAUUCAACUUCAUUAAACCUCUGUUGAGUAAACUUACACAAGAGAAAAUUCAUGUAUUAAAAUCGGACUACCGGGCUACUUUACUCCAGGUAAUUGACCCAAGUAAAUUACCAGCCUGUUAUGGUGGGAAAAUAACUGAUCCUAAUGGCGAUCCUCAAUGUCCAUCAAGAAUUUCAUGGGCUGGCCCCGUCCCUGCUUCACUGUUUCGUAAAAAGCUAUCAGAUGAUAAGCCGUCUGUGUCCAAACAGUCUGAAGUAUCUGAAGAAGUGAAACGUUUUACAGAUUGCGGUCGGGAUUUGACUAUGGUUGAAGUUGGUCCGGCUUCACGUAAAGAUAUUUCUAUUGGAAUGGUUGGUGUAGGUGAUGAAAUUAAAUGGUGGCUUUCAUGUGAAACACAUGACAUUGCAGUUGGUCUAUUUAUGAAAAAUUGUAUUACCAAUAAUGGAAAAGUUACAAGUGAUUCAAGUACAAGUCCAGAUACCUAUAUCGAAAUGAUCGCAAUGAAACGUAUAUCAUCACAUGAAAAAAUUGUUCAAGGAACUUUUAGUGUUGAAAACUCGGGUGUAUACAUCCUUGUAUUAGAUAAUACUUACAGUUGGACAAAAUCAAAACGAUUAUGGUAUCACUUAAGUGUAAGUUUAUUUAAGGAAGUUCAGAACAGCGGCCUAUUUGUGUGAAUUUCUGUUCUUAUGUGAAUCGAUUACCUGAUGGUAGAUCCAAACUAUAGCUUAAAUUCGGUUCCCACGUUUUUGAGUUCAGUAGCUACUUAUUUCUCUCAGACUCUAAGAAGCAGCGUUUUAAAGCCAGGCAAAUCAGAAACUAUGGGAAAGCAUUACCAACCCAAUUUGUUAAAGUUUUCACGAUAGACAUCAGUUAAUUUUGCCAAUAAAUUAUGAUAGAAAAAUGCAUAGUCUCUUAAAUACUUAUAGUAAUUAUGAAAACUUUCACUUUUCAUAGUCAGAUUGAUUCUUUUUCCUUACAUUGGGCCCACAUUUGUCGAAAAUUAGUGGCAAAGUUACUUUUACAAAACCACAUUUCACCGUAAUCAUGAAGACGGGUUUACUGUGCAGCAGUCCGUUCCGUCCUACUUUAUGGCAGUGAAACAUGGCCGAUAAGAGUAGAGGAUAUUAGUAGGCUACUAGUAUUCGAUCAUAGGUGUCUUCGAAGCAUUGCUCGUAUAUCCUGGGUCCACCGAGUAAGUAAUGCAAUUGUUAGGAAACGGGUACUAGGUAAGGGUGGCAAAUCGAUUGAUGAAGUAGUGAAACUUCAUCGGUUGAGAUAGCUGGGAUACGUAUGACGUAUGCCCAACCACCGACUGCCCCGACGUGCAAUUUUUCAUGGUGUAGGAAUAAGUUGGAAGAAAGCUAGGUGUGGCCAGACCAGAACGUGGCACAAAUCCAUGAAAUCGCUGACAAGUGGACUGAGUCAUGUUGGUAGGUGUAGACUACCUGGUUGAGAUUCGCGAGAUGAUAGCAACCGAUGGUUAGAGACCUUGAAUGACAUAGCUCAAAAUCGUUUGCAUUGGCGAAGGUGCAUCCAAUCUUUGUGUUCUACCAAAUUCUAAUCUUCUGAAUUCCUCAUGUCCCUAUCCUUUCUCUCUUUCCAAAUUUAUUUCACUGUAUUAUACUCCUUCAAUAACAUCUUCAAACCCUUAUCUUUCACAUAAUGCUUAUACUCUUACUACUUCUACCAAUAUGGGAUUUGAAUCGACAAUUUCAUCUCUGUGCUAAUGUGGUAUGGUAUCUCGAACUGAUGUACGUACGCAUGAAGUUCUACGUUGUGACCGACUGACUGACUGUAAUCAUGAAGAAUCAUAGUUUAGAUGUAUCAUUUGAAUUACUUUUAUUUACUGUUUUAUUGACGUAUCAACUAACUACAAAGAUAGUUAAUUUACUACCACCAUCACUUUAAGGACAUAUAUAACAUUAGAUAACGGUAAAUGUUUUUCUAGUCCUUACUUCCUGGUUUCCCAUAAAUCUGCAUCUUUUUUUAUAAAGCUUUAAUAGCCAGCAGUUUAUUUUGUUUUAGCUAUUUACUUUCCCAUACUUUUACAUCUGAUCAUUUCAAUCGAUGAUGUGUAUCAUUUUGAAUUUCUAAAUAAUUAUGUCAUUUCAGUCAUACAUAAAAUACCCUAUAUUUUUUAAUUGGUUCACAGUUUAACACUCUCUGUAGUUAUAUUAAGCCUGACUAUUAGUAUAAGUUAACUUGACUGUAUAAAGACCAUACAAGGUCGAUAACCGUUGUUCAAUGAUAUUGUAUAUGGAACUAAUCAUGAAGCGAUCUAAAUUCGACAAGCAUAGAAAGCCUGGAAGCACUGGACAGCUGUUUCGUUCUGUUAUCGGAGUUCUAGUGGUAACCAGUGACCAGUAGAGCUAAACAGUGUUGGAUUUGAGGAAGGUACCUAUAAAAGACAAUAGAAGAUGGUCUCACCACAUCGUGAAUUGAUUGAAGUUAUACGUUAAUGCCAUUGAGUGUCGGCUCAGUAGUCUUGAGGUUAAGCGUUCACACGGAAAACCAAAUGUCCUGGGUUUGAUCCCCACAUGCUGGUUCGUUGACGCACAUUGUUAAGGAGCCCCAUCCUAGGACGAAAUGGUCAUCCAGUGGUUCCAGGUUUUCCAUGCUAACCUAGCACUGGUUCAUGAUUCCAGUGGAAUUUAGCAAUCUCCAGGUUAGUUCAAUAUACGUUGGUUGAUCACUGUUCAAUUACUAGUGUCAUCUUUGUUUAGUCCUUAAUGCUCUAGUAACUCCUUCUAUCAAAUCACAUAAUCAGUAGUCUAAGUGGCUGAACACAGUGUGCACUAUGCUUUGAUUUUAGGUGGUUAGAGAUAGUCGAAAUUUUGGUCCAAGAUUUUACUCUGACAAAAUCUAAACAUUCAGAAUACUCAAUUUGCCUUGCUUCUUUUUACUGAGGACACCAAAUUGCAUGAUUUUGGAAAUAGUUUCUAUUACUGCCGUUAUCAGUGCUAUUCAUUUCUCCUUGACCCUAGCUGCUACCUUGAAGUUAUGGUCGGGGUUGCCUAUUGUAAUAACUCAACCGACCUUUAUUGGCUAGAAUACAUGUUUCUCUAGGUCCUACCAUGCCAAGCAGGUUGAUUGCAGAACGGUAAGACUAAAAGCAGCUAAUUAAGGCCGAAAGGCGAAAUCGUACUGGUGACUGUAGAGGUGUGUGACAACAGUAAGUUGUUUCCCUCGGACAACCAGAAUCCGCAGCGAUGUUGUCUUCUCACAACGGAACGAAGGGUUAGUAAAUGUCGACCCUUAAAAUGUCACACCUCACCUUACCGCACAGAUCUCCGUCUCCUUGGGUAAGGCCUUUUGAAAUGCGGUGCUAACACAUCAAAAUCUCAUAAAAAGGCGGUGCACUGCCGGUCUUAAGCAGUUGUUCCUCGGGCUCUGCAGUUGCACGCCUAGGUCGUUAAGACCAGCACUGGUUCAGCUUCUUUCUCAGGUUCAUUAAGAAGUAAUAGCCUUCCAUCAUGUGGGCAGCCGGAAAGUGAUAACCGCCGUCAUACCUUUAUCAGUACCCGAAAUCAUCUUGUUGACGAAUAAAUCCCUCCCUCACUUAAUAAUUCUUCCAUCUCACAGCUAGCCCUUCUUAUAUAUUUUUAACGCAACGCGCUACUGAUGCUAGGGAUUUGAGUACAAGAAGUGCUAUUCCUGGUCUAUUGAAACUACUCUCUAAACUACAUGUUGCAGCUUUUAGUGUCCGAACCUUGUGUCAGAUAGGAAAACAGAGUUUUUAAAAAUCUAGGACUGAAGAAUUUUACAACAUUGAUGUAUGUUACUUCUCUAAAGCGCGCAUACAGGAUCCAAGUACGGUCAUUCAUUUGACAUCACCUAUCGAUAUAAAGAGUCGGCAUUAUUUACUCCUCGAGUGUCUGGAGACCCCGCUACUUCUCACAGCCUCAUUGGUAUAGGGAUGGUAUUGAGUUCAAAAUCAGAACAGGCUUUGUUGAACUGGAUUCCAUUAGGCAGUCUCUUAUGCACUGUUUGACUGAACGAAACGUUAAGAACUCGAAAAGAUAGGAGAACACCCUGUUGCUUUUUCAUUGUCUUUGCCUAUGCUCCCAUUGAUUACAGCUCAAAUAAAGUUAAAAGUGAAUUUUGUAGGAAUCUGUUCAACCUACUUCUAAAAGCUAAACGCUCUGAUGUAGUAGUGGCAGGUUAUUUUAAUGCUCAAAUAAGUAAAGUAAACCAAACCGAACAGAUAAUGGCGGUGGUCUGUUGCAACUGUGUUUACAAAACCGUCUAUUUUUGGCAAACACCAACUUUAAACAUAAGGAGAAACAUAAUCUGACGCGGAUAUCUCCACAACUGAUUCAUCGAUGAACUCAAAUAAAUCACAUUGACAUUAGCUCGUUCUGGAGCACGCGUUUAGAUUGGGAUCAUGCUCUAGUUCGAGCACGCAUUUGUCUGCGUCUUACGGGACAGAAAACCUACAGCAAAAAACCCUUAGAGUUCAACUUGGUGAUAGAGAAGUUAACAAUAUAUUUCAGGAACAACUAGAGGAGUUAGUCGACUGACUGAUUUCUUCAGAUAGACCAACAUCGACUGCUUUUUAACAUAUCUACUCAACUCUAUUUGAUCCAUUUUACAAGUCUGAUUUCUUUCUUAUAUUUUAUUCUCAAUAACACCCAUCAUUUCUCUGUGUGUUUAGUUGUCACUUUCAGGCUGCGGUUGUUUACGAUUCAUGUGUAGUAUAAUCAUUAUUGUUAUUGUUAUUAUUAUCGGUUAGUAUUGUAUUGUGGUAAUUUUUUCUUGUUUUAAUGACCUAACUCCUACUGUCUUUUUUCCUUACUUUCUACCCUUCUCUAUACAUAUUGUUCAGGUCACCGACAAAGUAGAAUAUAAUAAAAACAGUUGUACAAUGUCAAUGCCUUCAUCAAUAGAAUCUUUUAAUUCCAAUUAUAAACAAAUCACUGAUACACCUGUAAAUGAUAUAACCGUGAUCCCAAUUCCAGAAGAGAAUUAUUAUGCUUGUCGUAUGGAGACUGGUGGAAGUAUGGAUUUGAAUGUUAGUGUUUUAUUUCGAUUUCUUGUACAAAUACUUAUUCUACCAAAAAUUAAACAACGUCCCAAUUAAACUGUUGAAAUCAAUAAAGUGCACGUAUGUACACAUAACGUUCUAAAAUCAGUGAAAAAAAGCCAGCCUAAUGAAUUAAUUACAACUAAUGGGGUAGAUCAAAUAACUACCAUUUGAAAGUCUUUCAGUUAUCUUGUAAUUACCUGUUUUCCAAUUUCUUAAAAUUUACUGAACAUAUAAAGAAAAAGAGGAUGACUAAGUGUGCGAUACACUGCUCAUUUCCCUUCUCCCUCUUUUGUAAUAUUUCUAUUCAUUAAAAUUAAAUAGUUACAUAUCUCUUUUUCUAGGGGCUAUUGCACUGCUAAGAUUGCAUAAUGUAUUUAUAUUUCUUACAUCAGGGAAAUCUCUGGUGAAAUGCGAAAAAUGGUUAGAUAAUAAAGAAAUAGUUUGGGUAUAAGACUUAAAAUGUGCCUUUUUUCAAGCUUUCAAAUUAGUGCCUCUUAAAUCAUACUUCUAAAUACUGAAAAUUACUUUAUUGUUACAAGAGUUUCCUAAUCUCUUCUGUUUCCUUAUUUUCUUGUUAAUAUCUGAGAGUUGAUUCUUUGUUACUCGAAAAAUAUCAUUUAUUGAAUAAUUUCUGUAUUUUGUUUACUACCUUUUUAAAAAAAAUUAAAUAUGCUGUGAAUGGUUGUUUAAAGUAAAUAUGUGACAUGAAUUAGUGGAUUUCCAAUUGAAAUUAGUCAAAGAAUCUAUGAAUUCGGGAGAAUAUCUAACAGGUGUUUCAUUUUAGUUUCGAUGCUUUUUUGGGAUUCUAGUCAUUAUCAUGUCUCUCGAGAAUGGAUAGCCUAGUAGUGUUAACAUCCAACCGUUGUAUCACUUCAAUCUCGUAUUUCGGUUUGAACAAUCAAACAGUAUUACAAAUUAAUGUUACGUAAACUUUUAUUUGAUCACUGAGUUGUAUAAAAUCUAAUUAAGUCUUUUCAAAUUAAAUCGUUUGUUUACGAUUUUUCGAGAUUAAAAGUACCCAACAGGAUGGUGCUCGUUUAUCGAUCUUGGAGAACCCCAGAUUUUCCAGCCUGUUUAAUAGAUUAUGAUAAACAGUGACUAUUUUUCAGUAGUUGUUGUAUUACAUUAACAUCAUUACGUAAUUUACCGUUAAGUUCCAUGUCCAAACUUUUUUUUGUAGUUUAUAUUUAGGUGUUAAAACGACGGUUUAUUCACUAGAGCACUUUUGUCGGUCUCGAACUCUGGUACAUAUACUUAGUUUUGUUCAGUUCCUAUACACCUAAGAAGAUCAAUUUAUUCAAUUUGUAAAUGUAUUAAACUUUGAACUAUAUUUUUGUGGUUUCUUUGAACGAUUAAAGUGAAAAAUAUACUGCGGAAAUUGUUUAAUUAAAAAAAUGACUUUAGUCGAUAACUAUUAGGGACGAGAGAUUGAAUCCAAGGUCUUUGGGUCUCAUACCAAUCGUGAUGCCUUUAGAACACUGAUUGGAAGCCAUUAUGCUCCACCUUGCCAACUUCAGUCAGUUUUCAACAUCAGACAACAAACAUUCAGUGUUAUCAGUAACAUCUAUCUAACUGUCAUCUUAGGCUCCAACAGCUAUUACCUGUCAAGAGAAAUUCAGAAAUCCAUCUCAGAGUUAGUUACUAGUGAUUACACAAUUAUUACUAUUACUAAUACAUUACUGUUUGCGGAGAUUGUUCCUUUUGAAUUUAGUUUUCACUGCAGACUGAUAUUCAGUCAUUUACCAUUAAAGUUAUGAAAAGUAAUGAAGUGUCAGGUCGUGAGCACUCAAUCCUGAAUUUGUCGAGUGAGUACUUUUUUUAGUUUCUAGUACAGUUAUUAUUAAAAAAACUGUAAUUUGUUUGAAUAAUACGUUUGUAAUAUACUUCUAGAUUUCUACCAAACGAUUAGUAUUUUUAUCAGACACAAGUUAUCGCUUAUUUCACCUUUUCUAUAACAUGUUCAAGAAAUGUUUUUUUCUUCAUCAGCGGGUAUCGUUUAUCAAUUUGGUCUGAAAACAUUUAAGUAUAUACGGGCUGGUACUCAAUAGUCUAUUCUUCAUAGUUUGUUUCUGUUUUUUAAAUAAUCACUUAUUGGAACUAGUGUAACAAAUUUAGAAACUAGUUACCCUUAUGGUACAAAUUCAAUAUAUACUAUGUUUCCUAUAUUCUGUAUUGAUGAGUCGUUUUCUGUAAAUAAACUUUUGACAAACUUUCAAACUGACAGUUAACUUAUAUUUUGAUAUUGUUCACUAUUCAAUUGUUCAUGGAAUAGACACGCGAGAAAUAUUGAAAUUUUAUAAGAUUCAUGUGAAAUAUGGUGAGACAUUCCUUUUCAUUAUAUCAGGUCCAACAUAGUUUUAUGCAUAAUUCUGUUUGGUGUAUAUUUCAGAAUAAUAUAAGGCAUGUUAUUGUUAUUAUUACUAUUCAACUCAUUGUUUAAAUAACAAGAACUUAAUUCAAUAUUCAUAUGUUCAACGUAACACUAUCAAUAUUACUGAAAUAGUUCAUCCAGGUAGCAGAUGUGUCAUAUGAAAUAAGCCAAACCUCAGCAACUAGAUGUUGUAUAACUUAUUUUCGAAUAUAUACUUUACAACACAAAUUGGUCCUAGUUAGAAAUUCAUUUGAAACCAAGAUGCACCGGAAAUGUGUUUCAUCUUUGUUUAGAAAUCCCCAACUGUGGAACCCACCCUUCGUCUCAGAUUCAACUUAGUUGUUGACGUCAUCUUACCGAAAUACAUUUGCCGCACCAUGCCAUAUUUGAUGGUAAAUAUUUGAAAUUAUUCAACGAAAAACUAUGAAUCCUGACCACAUCGUAGGACGAGUUUUUUCGAAUAAUGAUUGACGCCUUAGAUUGCUGUAAUACAUUUGAAAAAUGUACUGCCUAAACAAUUUCAGGACUAGAACACUUUGUACAAUCUAAUAUUACAUAUGUCCUCUACAUUCAAUAUUCUUAUCUAUGUCAAGCUGAUCAUGUCUGUUAAACGGCAUGAAUUCUGUAAUUAUUAUUGUCAGAACAUAU